AUGGCCGAAGUUGAUAACGCCGACGCCACGUAUCCGCACGCCGAACCAAACAUGACGGUUGGCACGAGGCGUCAGGCCAACGGCACGAUCGGAUCCGUAUACUCAGGAAACAAGAUCAGGCAUUUAAAGAAGGAGGACGGCAUCCCCCUCUGGCGCAAGGACAUUCAGUACCAGUUUCUCAAGCUCGUCUUCGAGGACAAGACUCCCGUCUUCUCUCGUUGGCCAGAUGGGCAGAAAGGUUUUGAUUUUGCAGAUGUCUACAUCGACGCGAUGGCACGGAGUAGCAAGACGAGCAAGAUUUUGAAGGACAAGCUCCAGAACGAUAAGCAGGCCGCUAUUAGCAUGGCUAUGGUUUGUCUGCUCGUUAACUUUGGGAGAAUGAACACCACCCUUAACUGCUACUUAGUUUUCCCCGAGAUGCGGGCUCAACUACGGACAUACCACUCCAUCCCUUCGCUACAGGCGCACCAGGACCCUAAUGCCUACAAGCAAUUGCAAGAUGCUCCUCGCCUCAAGUCUAUUCUCAAGGGCGCAUCGGAGGAUGUCGACCAACCAAAUACCCUCGAAAUGAUUAAAAAUACACGCAUCCCGCGAACGAAUCCGGUCAACUUGAUUUUCGUUCUUGCUCAGUACGCUCCUAAGGUGUCCGAGUUGCACUUUUUCCCGCCCCGUGAUUUCUUUGAUCUUGUCAUGAGAUCCACCCUCAGCAGCAAAAGCCGUGCGAGGGCGUUCCUUUGGCUGAUGUGGUGGUAUUUGGAGAGCGACUUUUCCCACGAGGCUGCCCUCAAUAACCCGUUCGGUCCGGGUCUGGAUGGUGAGGGAACCGGGGGGCUGCCGAUUAAGGUGCCGAACUUCGAGAGCCUCACCGAAGACCAGGCGAACGAUGAGAAUGUCGAUACACAGUCUGAAAUUGAGUAUGGAGAGGCCAAGCGCCUGGAACGGAAACGGAUCUUGGAAGAGGAUGAGCCCUUACCCAGAGUGACAAAGCGCUCCAAGAAAGUAUCGGAUUUUGGAUACGAUGACGAUCAAGGGUCGGGAGACAUCUCCGGCGUUGCUUCCGGUAAGGACGUCCUUAUCGCUGAAGAUCUUUCUGUUAUGUACCUCCUAACAUCCUAUCUUUCACUAGGUCGAGGUGAUCGCUCUACCAUGUCCACCCCACUGCAUCCCUCCUUCAAACGCUAUCCACAAGAUGACGAGGACGACUACCAAACCCCCGGCCAGUCCUCUCGUUCUCGGUACAAGCGACCCAAGCGCGAUUCAUCCCUCAAUCGUUCUGUUGGUCAACAACGUCUUGUGUUAAAGACUAGGAUGGAGCAUACACCCGAUGCGGCCUCGCCUGUUCCGCCAGGCUCCAGCCACCCGGUCCUAAACCGGUUUGUCAAUGAGCCUGCCUUGCCACAGCAAACCUCUGCGCGUCGACCUCGGCCGCUCACCCAGCACCAACUCGCCGUCGAGCAGAAUCGGCGUCAGCGUAUCGAGUAUCUUCUUGCCAAACGAAAAAAUGAGGCAUACCGGAUCCUUCGCGCGAAGCGGGAAAGCGAAAUCCCAUUCGCCCGUUAUGGCCGUCUGCUACAGGGCCUCCCCGACGGUUAUGACACGGAGGACGAGGAGAAUACCUGGGGGAAAGGAGGCCUGAUUCCUAAUCCCGAGGAAGAGGAAGACUUCGGGGAGAAUGCCAGCUACUUCUUAUCUGUGGUCCGCAAAGCUGGGAGGCGGCUGGACCGAUGGGACCUGGACGAUGCGAAUGGACCGAAGAGGGAUCGGAAAAAGGAAAGGGAAGAGCGGCAAAAAGACCGGUUGAAUAGGUUGACUGAAAAUGCUCUGGACGUAAAUGGCCGUGCCCCUACCUCGGCUCGCAGUAGGGCUCGAGCUGCACGCAAUGCCCGACGCAAGCUUGCCGGAGCGGCCGCAGAUGCCUCAGCUGAAGCGAGCGUCAAAGGACAGGCCACGUCGGCGUCUCGCCCGAAAAGCAGCCGGAGCCGCGGCCAUCGUGAUGGAGCCAGCGCACGAAUGGCCGCGGACAAUGCCGCCCUCGAUGGCCUGGAAGCACCCUCCCGGGACCACGACCUCUCACCAAUGCCCGCUUCGGGUCAAUUAGGGGACGAUGAUAUCGAGGGCGAGGUCGAAGAAGGGCUUGAUGAUAUCGAUCGGGAGCUCCUCGGUGAAGGAAGCGGUGACGAGGACGAAGGGCCCUCGCGGAUAGGAGGAGCCUCGCGGCCCUCGGAGCCUGGCUAUGAGGAUAGUUUCAUGGAAGGCGCCGACGAAGAUGCAGAAGCGCUGUCCUCGGACGACAACGACGAAGAAGCCGAUGAGGACGAGCUGGACGAAGGCGAGGGCGAGAUUGACGACAACUCAUCCACGUUCGAGGGCGGACACGGAUAUGCUGCCAGCGAAACUUCGAGUGUCGGCCCCGAAGCCGGAGUGGAAGCUGCUGGAGGAGACGCUGGGGGACGGACCGGGGAAAAGGACGACGAUACAGUGGAGAAUCAUUAG